AUGGCAACCACGUGUCUGCGGUCCCCGGGUCCCCGGAGGCCUGUGGAACGGCGCCCCCCGCUCCGCCUCGGGCUGCAGCAGCGCCCGGCUCUGGCAGGGAGCCUGUUGGGAAAACAUCCCGGCGCAGGGGGCACUGCGCCGGGGCAGGCCCGCGCCCCGCGGCCCGCCGGGCACAACGACCGCCCAGCACAUACGCAGAUACACACCCGACGGCCCCUCCGCACCAACCGGCGCGCGCGCGCACACGGCUCUGCACUCCCGGAGCCCCGCGGGCAGCGCCGGGACCCGCGCAGAGCCCAGCCCGCACCCGCGGACGCGCCGACGGCCACGGGCGCCCGCCCUCCGACCCACUCCCCCCGCCGCCCCCAGACACGCAAACACGCCCCCCGCGCCCGCCCGGCGCAGCCCCCGCCCCCUCCGCCCCGGCGGCCUCACCUCGCCGCGCUCCGGGCCCCGCUCGGCGCCGCUCCCUGCCCGCCUCGCCCCUGCCUGGGCCCGGGGCCGCUGCGGCGGGAUGGGCCCGGCCGGCGGACGCUCCGCGCUGCCUCGUCACGGGGACACCCGGGGCCGGGGGAGGGGGACGAGCGCGAAUCGCCACGCUCCGCCCCCGGCCCGAGGCCCUGCCCACUCUCGGGCCCGCCCCCCAGCAGGGCCCCGCCCCACCAGAGGCUCCGCCCCUUGCGGCGAAGUUUAGCCCGGGUCGGCGGAGCUCCGCCCCUUCUCCGGAGGCCACGCCCAUUCCCCAGACACCUGUGA